GGCCCGGGCUGGCGGAGGUGCGGCCGCGCGUCGGAGCCGGCGGUGGGGACUCUUCGGGCCGCGGAGCUCGGGACGGAGCCCUAGGGAGCCCGGCGGGUGCUUCCUCUCCGGUGCUUCUCAUUUUUCUUGCCUUUCGGUCCCGGCCGAGGUCGAGCGUCGCCUGCUGAGCAGGGACUCCUCGCAAAGCCCGGAGCGACCCUCCCGCCGAUCGUGAGCACGCCAUCGCCGCGAGCUUCGAGGUGCCCCGAGCGCGCCGGGCGCGGAGGCCAGGGGAGCGGAGCCGGCCGCGGGCGGGGGCCCGGAGCUGCCCGCCUCCCUCCCUCGCUCGCCGCAGCAGGGUCGCCUCGCCCAGUGGGUCCGCUCGCGCCGGGCGCCGCGCGCGAUGAAGGCGGUGAGCCCGGUGCGCCCCUCGGGCCGCAAAGCGCCGUCGGGCUGCGGCGGCGGGGAGCCGGCUCUGCGCUGCCUGGCCGAGCACGGGCACAGUCUGGGAGGCUCGGCGGCCGCGGCAGCGGCUGCGGCGGCAGCGCGCUGCAAGGCGGCGGCCGCGGCGGCGGACGAGCCGGCGCUGUGCCUGCAGUGCGAUAUGAACGACUGCUACAGCCGCCUGCGGAGGCUGGUGCCCACCAUCCCGCCCAACAAGAAAGUCAGCAAAGUGGAGAUCCUGCAGCAUGUCAUCGACUACAUCCUGGACCUGCAGCUGGCGCUGGAGACGCACCCGGCUCUGCUGAGACCGCCGCCGCCGCCCGCGCCCGCGCACCACCCGGCCGGGACCUGUCCUGCCGCGCCGCCGCGGAUCCCGCUCACGGCGCUCAACACCGACCCGGCCGGCGCGGUGAACAAGCAGGGCGACAGCAUUUUGUGCCGCUGAGCCGCGCUGCCCAGGUGUGCGGCCGCCGGAGCCCGAGCCAGGGGCCCUAGACAGGGAGGGGAAAGCGCCCAAGUCAGAGAAAAGCCACCGCGGGAGGAAGGAAAAAACAUCAGCAAAUCCCCGAACCGUUUCCGUCGUCAUUCCAAGAGAGGGAAGAGGAAAGAAAAAUAAAAUGUUCAUCCUUUUUUUUUUUUGCACGUUCAUAAACAUUCUACAUUUCUUUGUCUCUUCAUUUGUAACCGCUGUGAAUUGUACAUUUCUGUGUGUGUUGGAGGUGCAGUUAAACUUUUAAGCCUAAGUGUGACAGGACUGAUAAAUAAAAGAUAAAGAGUAAUUCUGACUUUAGAAGCCUACUUUGUGACCGAGAAGCUCAAUUUUUGUUCUGAAGCUUUACUAAUACACCAGAGCAUUGUAGAUAAUAUUUUCUUUACAUCUAUUGUUUAAAAUAGAUGAUUAUAAUGGGGCAGGGAACUUUCUUUUCCCUGCAAGAAUGUUACAUACUGUAUAGAUAACUGAGUGACAUUUCAUACCAUGUAUAUAUAGAGAUGUUCUAUAACUGUGAGAAAGUAUAUGCUUUAAUAGACUACUGUAAUUAUAAGAUAUUUUUAAUUAAAUAUUUUUUU